GGUUGUUAUAAGGAGAAAACAUACAGAAUUUUAAGUAUUUGUGAACAAAAACAAGUAAACAUGCCUAGUGGGCCUAAAUCUAACAAGUACUCUAACCGUCACAGCGAGGAAGCUCGCAAGUGCGAGCAAGAGCGCCUCUUGGAGUUCAAGAAGGCGCAGGAGGCCGCCCAAGAAGAUGCAAAGUGGACUAGUAACGCCAAGGUUCCUAAAAGGAUGGAAAAGCAACGUGAGCAGGAGCGUAAAGCAGAAGAAAAAUCCAUUCGUGAUGCUGAAAAGCGUGAACAACUCUCAAUGGAAGAGGCUGAGCAUUCCAAGGGAAAACUCCCAGCUCAUAUCCAGAAGCGUGAGCUUCAGAAGAACUUGAGCAAGGCACUGGCCGCAUAUGAUAAAGAGCGUGACUUAGUGCGGGGUUCUAUAAAUCAAACCAAAGCCAACGCUACGCAUGACACUAAUAAUAUCGAAUUAACGAUGAGUAAUAAAAAUCAUCAGGCUAAGGUGGAGUCAUCGGAGGACCCGGCCCUGAUUGCUUCCAGCAAAACCGUAGGCGCGAUGUUGAAGAGUCCUCGGUCUCAGCAGCAAGCGAUUCCAGAGAAUCGCCACAUUGGGAAACGUUCGAAGACUCUGUACAAGACCUUUUACAAAGAGCAAUUCGAAAAGGUCAAAAGUGAGCAGCCGAAUUUGCGUUUAGCCCAGUACAACGACAUUAUUUGGAAGAUAUGGCAAAAGUCCUUGCUCAAUCCAUUUGUGUUGCGCAGUGAGGCCCGUGAUCAGGCCCGUUUGGAUGCGAAUCGCAAGUGGCUUGAAGGGGAUGACUCGGAUGAAGAAGAUGAAGAUACUAGUGAAGCGAAGUGAGUUAUGAAGUAUUUUGAACAUACACGGGCUCAUUCCACUGUAGAGGUGGAAGUGAUAAAAAAUAUUCCAACCUAUUAACCUUCUGUUUUAGAUUAUUUUCAUCGCAUAUCUCAAAUUUUGAUGAUCUUUCUCUUUUAUUUUCUAUGAAUUCUUUAUUUUUCCAAAUAUUUAAGUGAGCAUUCAACUAAUUAUUCGAUAAUCAUGAAAAAAAAGUAAUUUAUCAUCUUUUGCU